CGGGACCCGCCCCGGCCCCGCUGACUCACGGCGGAGCGCGGCCCGGCCCGGCCUGGCCUGGCCAGGACAUGGGCGGCCCCGCCGAGCCGAGCCCGCGGCGGCUCCGGGGAACGGCCCGGGGGCUCCUGCCGCCACUGCUGCCGCUGCUCCUGCUGCUGCUGCUCCCCCCGGUCCCGGUACAGAGCCUCAAAGGCAGUGCUGUGACUGUCCCAGAAACGCUGCUCUUCAUCUCCACUCUGGAUGGGAACCUCCACGCCGUCAGCAAGAGCACAGGGGACAUCAAGUGGACCCUGAAGGACGAUCCCAUUCUGCAAGUGCCGGUGUAUGUGGCAGAGCCAGCAUUCCUUCCAGACCCCAAUGAUGGCAGCCUAUAUAUCCUGGGAGGAAAGAACAAAGAAGGUUUGAUGAAGCUGCCGUUCACCAUCCCAGAGCUGGUGCAGUCGUCGCCGUGCCGUAGCUCGGAUGGAGUGCUCUACACUGGGAAGAAGCAGGACACCUGGUUCAUUGUGGACCCCAAGUCUGGGGAGAAGCAGACCACCCUCUCCACAGAGACCUGGGAUGGUCUGUGCCCAUCCAGCCCCUUGCUCUACAUCGGACGGACCCAGUACAUCAUCACCAUGUAUGACACCAAGUCACGGGAGCUGCGCUGGAAUGCCACCUUCUCCGAGUACUCAGCCCCGCUCUGCGAGGAGUCCUACCACUACAAAAUGGCCCACUUGGCCUCAAGCGGGGACGGGCUGGUGGUGACCCUGGACAAAGAGAGCGGGGAGGUCCUGUGGGCACAGAACUACGGCUCACCUGUGGUCGGCAUCUACUUGUGGCACCAGGACAGCCUGCGCCGCCUCCCCCACCUCAACCUGGCCAUGGAGACCCUGCGCUAUUUGACCUUCCAGUCACAGGACAUCCAUGUCCUCAAGUGGAGCUACCAGUCCGUCAAGGACUUCGCUGCCACCAAGACCCAGCUGCUGCCAGCGCUCUACGUGGGAAAGCACGCGGCCAGUUUCUACGCCGUGACCUCCCUGGUGCACGGCAGCGUGGCACUGGUGCCCCAGGGCAUCACGCUGGCCAGGAUCGACGGCCCCACCACAGACGAUGUGACUAUGAGGGAGUCCGGGGAGUGCGAGAUCACGCCCAGCACCAACGUCAAGUACCCGCAGGGCAGCAUCACCUCACUUCACAACCAGUGGCUCCUCAUAGGGCACCAUGAGCUGCCUCCUGUGGUCCACACCACGAUGCUGCGAGCCUUCCCAGAGAACCUGAGGAAAACCACAGAAACCAUCAUCCCCAGGGCUCCUCCCAGCAGGACUGUGUUCGAUGGUUUCCUGGCCCCGAGCAGCCUGGAGGAGCCAGCUGUCCCCAGUGAGAGGCAGCUCCACCCAGACCCCACGCCGGGGGAGCAGCUGGAGGUGUAUCCUGACUCUGGCACCUGGGACCUGGUGAUGGCUGGCAUUGGCACGACUCUGCUGGGUGGGGGAAUUCUGGUGCUUCUGCUCAUGAAACUGCAGCGGCAGCAUGCAGCACAGCAGCAGCAGCUGGAGGAGCAGAUACAUCUCCUGCAGCAGCAGCAGCAGGAGAUGCUGAGCCAGCGCCGAGUCUCCAGGGAGGGCGUCCCUGAGGAGCCCAGGGAACUGGAGCUGAGCCAGGGAAGUGCAGCAGAGCUCUCACAGAGCUCCAGCCCCUCAGCCUGCCUGAAGGACCCGGCUAACGGGAUACUCAGCCCGGAGCCAGCUGUCUCAGUGGCUGCUGGAGAUGCAGAACCAGACCUGGUUGUAGUUGGGAAAGUUUCUUUUAACCCCAAAGAUGUGCUGGGCCAUGGAGCUGGAGGAACCUUUGUCUUCAGGGGGCAGUUUGAGGGCAGGAACGUGGCCGUGAAGCGUCUCCUGCCUCAGUGCGUGCACCUGCUGGACCGCGAGGUGCAGCUGCUCCGCGAGUCAGACGAGCACCCCCACGUCGUGCGCUACUUCUGCACCGAGAGGGACCGGCAGUUCCACUACAUCGCCAUCGAGCUGUGCUCUGCCACCCUGCAGGAGUACGUGGAGAGCCCCAGCUUUGACCGCCGAGGCCUGGACCCGGUGUCCGUGCUGCGUCAGACCAUGUCUGGGCUGGCCCACCUGCACUCCCUCAGCAUCGUGCACCGUGACCUGAAGCCCUGUAACAUCCUCAUCUCUGUCCCAAACCGCCACGGGCAGAUCCGCGCUGUCAUCUCCGACUUCGGCCUCUGCAAGAAGCUUCAGGGGGGACGACAGAGCUUCAGCCUCCGCUCCGGGAUCCCCGGCACUGAGGGCUGGAUCGCGCCCGAGGUGCUGCAGGAGGCCCCGAAGGAGAACCCUACCAGUGCUGUGGACAUCUUCUCAGCCGGGUGCAUCUUCUACUACGUGGUGUCGGGGGGACAGCACCCCUUUGGGGACAGUCUGCGGCGCCAGGCCAACAUCCUGGCGGGCUCCUUCCAGCUGAGCUGCCUGCAGGAGGAGGCUCAUGACAAACUUGUUGCAAGGGAGUUGAUUGUGGCCAUGAUCAGCUCUGAGCCCCAGCGCCGGCCCUCGGCCCCUGUGGUCCUUGUGCAUCCCUUUUUCUGGAGUCAGGAGAAGCAGCUGCAGUUCUUCCAGGACGUCAGUGACCGUGUGGAGAAGGAGCCAGCCGAGGGGCCCAUUGUCUCAGCCCUGGAAUCGGGGGGACGGGCAGUGGUGAGGACCAACUGGAGGAUGCACAUCUCCCUCCCACUGCAGAUGGACCUGAGGAAGUUCCGCACCUACAAGGGAGGGUCAGUGCGUGACCUGCUGCGGGCCAUGAGGAACAAGAAGCACCACUACCACGAGCUGCCGGCCGACGUCCGGGUGGCCCUGGGCUCUGUCCCCGAGGGCUUUGUGCAGUACUUCACCUCCCGCUUCCCCCGGCUGCUGCUGCACACUCACGGGGCCAUGCGGCUGUGUGCCCACGAGCGCAUCUUCCACUCCUACUACUGCCAGGGCCUGAGGGGCGACGGUGCCUGAGCAGCCACGGUCCUGCCAGGAGGGCACCAUGGCUGCCCCAGGCACUGUCUCAGUGUCCUUCCAUGAGUCCUGCCAGGAGGGCACCAUGGCUGCCCCAGGCACUGUCUCAGUGUCCUGCCCAGAAGGCACCAUGGCUGCCCCAGGCCCUGUCCCAGUGUCCUGCCAGGCCAAGUGGGCACCAGGAGCACAGGUGGGCUCAGGGCAGCACCGUGCUGGCACCCAGGCCUUCCUGAGGGGCACUCAGGGCAACCCCCUUUGCAAACACAGUCAGACUCGGGUGUGAAGUGUUUGGGCAGAAAAAGACACCAUCUCAGGUGGACACAGUGCUUGGAGAAGAAAGAGGAAAAUGUGUUUUGCCAGGGACAGCCACAGCAAGGCCCUGGCACAGUGAUGCCCUCAGGCUGGCAUCGAUCCUGGGGGACAUUUGCUGGGGACAGGAGGCUUUGUCCUGAGUUCUCUCCAGUGCCAGGGGCCUGGGGAUGAAGCUCCUUGAGCUGAGACCAGGCCCUGGCCCCCAGUCUCAGCUCUGGAGCUGCCCCCUCAGCCCCAGCCAGGGCUGUGCUCAGCCAAGCCAGGCCCAGCAGCCACCUUGGAGCUGGCACCUGCCCAUGGCAGCUGAGCUGUGAGGGCACAGCCUCCUCAGUGAAGCUGUGACUCUCAGCUGGGCUCACAAGGGCCUCUCCCAUCAGGUCCUGUACCAGGCCUGGGCCCCUGAGCAGGUGGCACAGCAGUACAGGACAUUGUCUCUGGGCAGGGAGGGAAUUCUUUCCCCUGGGAUCCUUCCCUUAAAGCUCCCCCAGCUUCUCCUAACUGCCCAGGGCUGGUGUCCCAUGGGUGCUCUGGUUCAUGGCAGCCCCAUGGGCAUGUGUGCCCUGUGAUCCGGCCUCCAGCACCAGCUGAGCCCACGGGCAUGAAUAGCCCCACAGCAAUGUUCCUCUGUGGAACAGCAAUAAUUUUGUACAGUCUGAUUCUUGUGGGGUAGGGGAUUUUGUUACACAGGUAACAGGGUUUGUACCAGGUUUCUUUUCAGAAUAUAUUUAUAAAAAAUGUUAUAAAAAUUAAAAAAUAAAAACUAAAAAGCUUGUCCUGCUUAAAAACAAACUAGCCUGAGAGCAUCUCUAGUUGCUGGCAGGGAGCAGUGGUAGGAGGACAACACAGGCAGGCCACUGGGCUCCUACUAGACUGCUGCCUGAGAGGAUUUGUGCUGGGUCUUUAGCCCAUAAUUACUCAUGGAGCCAAGGAAGAGGCAAAGCCCAAGCCCAGCCCAGGGCCAUCAGUAAGUA